CCCUCCCUCCAGGUAGCCCGGGCGAGGCCCUUCUCCUGGGGCCCCUGCGCGGCUGCCCUGCGGCCCCCUGCUGCCGCCGGCGGGAGGCGAUGCGCGGCUCAGGCAGAGCUGCCCCGGCCCCGGCUCCUCUUCAGCACCAGUUCCUCAAGGUUUGUUCCUGCUGUUACCCAACAUGCUCCACAUUUUAAAGGAACAGCAGUUGUCAAUGGAGAGUUCAAAGAAUUGACAUUAGAUGACUUUAAGGGGAAAUAUCUGGUACUUUUCUUCUACCCUUUGGAUUUCACUUUUGUAUGCCCAACAGAAAUUGUGGCUUUCAGUGACAAAGCUAAUGAAUUUCAUGAUGUGAACUGUGAGGUCGUUGCUGUAUCUGUGGAUUCUCACUUUUGUCAUCUGGCCUGGAUAAACACACCACGAAAGAGUGGUGGUUUGGGCCAUAUGAAUAUCCCACUUUUGUCAGAUCUGACAAAGCAAAUCUCCCGAGAUUAUGGCGUGCUGUUAGAAGGACCUGGUUUAGCACUAAGAGGUCUCUUCAUUAUUGAUCCUAAUGGAGUCAUCAAACAUCUGAGUGUCAAUGAUCUCCCAGUUGGCCGCAGUGUGGAAGAGACCCUUCGAUUGGUGAAGGCAUUCCAGUACGUGGAAACUCAUGGAGAGGUUUGCCCAGCAAACUGGACUCCAGAGUCCCCUACGAUCAAGCCAAGUCCAGAAGCUUCUAAGGAGUACUUUGAGAAAGUUCAUAAAUAGAUCAUCAAUGCAGAUAGGUGGCAAUUUCCUAAGGAAGCAGCCAUAAUUGCAUUUAAGUGCAAUUUCUUUUUUUUUGUGUGUGUCAGGAAAAAUUGUUAAAUGCUGAAACAUUAAAUAUUUACUAAAUCAGAAAGUUUUAAAUCAUAUUCUUGGAGCUGUUUCCCCCCACCCCCUCCCAAAGAGACUAUACUGCAUUCCCAUAUAUAUAUAUCUCUGUAAUCAGCUAUUCUCUUGUGUCUCCCACAUGUACUAUGAAUGCUUGUGACUUUGGGUGUACAGGAGUACUGGUCUCUCCUCCCCUUCAUCGAAUCAUAAGCAAUAGAAAUGGUACCAGGCUUUCUAUGCGCACACGAAAAUUGGACGAUAGACUGUUAUUUCUGAGAGCUUGAAAUACUGAGCUUAAAGUGGGUGAUACAGAGAAAUAUCCAGAACAUGGUUUCCUUUAAUUUGCCAGUAGCUGUUUAGGCAGGGAUAGAGGAAUUCCUUCUUGUACAAAUUAUGCUCGUGUUUUUUCCCCAAAUGCUUCCACAUGUAAACGUGAUUUGAAGGUAGAAGUAACAAACAUCCACAGUCGUUCAGCUAAGAUAUAUUGGAAUAUAGAACAUUAAAUGGAGAAUAACUGCAUUUCGUUGAGAAAUCGGUGGGAAUGUGAACUUAACUCUAAUCGUGGUACACUUAUUGGGGCUUAAUUAUUAUUUUUGCCUUUUGAAAUAGUUGAUCACACAUUUUAAUUGUUGCUCUAAAUGCAGAUUUCCAAAUAUUGUGGAGCUUGAUGUGUAAUCAUGUAGGAAGACUAAUUGAUUGUUUAGGAUUUAAUAAGGCUUCCUUCUGAUAUUAUUUUGAGCACAUAUUUUUUCUUAAACUAUGAAAUCAUCAAUAAAUUGAUCUUAAAGCAUGUUGUCUACAA